AUGUAUGCGAUAGAGACAAGAAAGAGAUUAUGUAGACAACGUUGUGUUCAGGUCAGCGCCUUCAUUGAUGGCUCAGCUAUUUAUGGCUCCGAUAACGAGACUGCUUACAAUCUGCGCGAAUUCAUCGGUGGUCGUUUGAGGAUGCAGUACACUCCCGACAAUAGGACUCUGCUGCCACCGAGCAUGAAUCCCAAUGACGGUUGCAAUCGGGAAGCCGAACGACGUCGUGGCCAAUAUUGCUUUGCCGCGGGUGAUGCCAGGGCGAACGAGAAUCUGCACUUAACCACAAUGCACCUUCUCUGGGCGCGACAGCAUAACAGGAUAGCAGACGAAUUGGCCAAAGUCAAUCCCGUUUGGAACGAUGAGAUACUGUAUCAGGAAACACGACGUAUUGUCGGAGCUCAGUUGCAGCACAUCACUUAUCGUGAAUUUCUGCCCAUUAUCCUAGGCGAUAAAAGAAUGAAUGAGCAGGACUUGGAGCUCCUUGUGUCGGGCUACAAAAAACGAAUACACAAUCCGGACGAGUUAAAGAACGAUCCAACGGUCGCCAAUAAUUUCGCGACCGCAGCUUUCCGUUUUGCUCACACUCUCUUGCCGGGAUUGAUGAAGAUGACAGACGAUGAAAAGGGCACAUCGUCCUACAUAGAGCUGCACAAAAUGCUAUUCAACCCUUAUAGCCUUUACGCCGAGGAUGGCAUCAGACAUUCAGUCAGCUCAGCCACGACCAAUAUUAUUCAGAGGUAUUCCACGCACGUAACUGCGCAACUGACCAAUCAUCUUUUUGAGGAUCCCAUGGCUAAUUCUACGAUACCAUGCGGCCUUGAUUUGGUGUCGUUAAAUAUUCAACGAGGACGGGAUCAUGGAUUACCAGGAUACACUGUCUGGCGGGAAUAUUGUGGUCUAGGAAAGGUAGAAACUUUUGAUAACCUUGAAGGCUACUUGGAUCAUCAAGUUCUAAAACAGAUGUCAGAUCUCUACGAGACUGUAGAUGAUGUAGAUUUGUAUACCGGUGCAUUAGCGGAAAUACCAGAGCCGGACAGUUUAAUAGGACCCACGUUUACGUGCUUGAUUCUUAAUCAGUUCGUACGUUUGCAAAAAGGAGAUCGUUUCUGGUACGAGUUUGCUGAACAACCAUAUCCUUUCACAGAAGGUAUGAUAAAUUUUGACUGGUAA